CACACACACAGCAUAUCCUUACAGCCCAUUUGUCUCUGAGAGUAAGAAAGAAAGAAAGAAGAGAGAAAAAUGGAGAGCUUUCCAGUUAUUGACUUGGGAAAGUUGAACACUCAAGAGAGAGGAACCACCAUGGAAGCGGUAAAAGAUGCCUGUGAGAACUGGGGUUUCUUUGAGCUGGUGAAACAUGGCAUUCCUAUUGAGCUGAUGGACACAGUGGAGAGGCUGAGCAAAGAGCACUACAAGAAGUGUAUGGAGCAGAGGUUCAAAGAAAUGGUAGCAAGCAAAGGCCUUGAAUCUGCUCAGUCUGAAAUUAAUGACCUUGACUGGGAAAGCACUUUCUUUGUUCGCCACCUCCCAACCUCUAAUAUUUCAGAGAUCCCUGAUCUUCAUGAAGAUUUCAGGAGGGCAAUGAAGGAAUUUGCUGCUGAAUUGGAGAAGCUGGCUUUGGUGCUUCUUGAUUUGCUGUGUGAAAACCUUGGGCUGGAAAAAGGGUAUCUGAAGAAGGUGUUCUAUGGCACCAAAGGUCCAAACUUUGGGACCAAAGUUAGCAACUACCCUCCUUGUCCCAAACCAGAUCUGAUCAAAGGUCUCAGAGCCCACACAGAUGCUGGUGGCAUCAUCCUUCUCUUCCAAGAUGACAAGGUCAGUGGCUUACAGCUCCUGAAAGACGACCAGUGGAUCGAUGUCCCUCCGAUACGCCACUCCAUCGUCGUCAACCUCGGCGACCAACUCGAGGUCAUAACCAAUGGGAAAUACAAGAGUGUGAUGCACCGUGUGAUUGCCCAAACAGAUGGAACAAGAAUGUCCCUAGCUUCAUUCUACAACCCUGGAGAUGAUGCCAUUAUAUGCCCAGCACCAUCCUUGGUGAAGGAAGAUGAAGCAAGCCAGGCUUACCCAAAAUUUGUGUUCAAUGAUUACAUGAAGCUCUAUGCAGGACUCAAAUUCCAGGCUAAAGAACCAAGGUUUGAAGCCAUGAAGAGCGUAGCAACUGUGUGAACAACAUCAAGUUCCAAGCUAGUCGUCAAGAUCACUACCACUGAUGAUAUUUAGCAAAAUUAAGUUGUGUUUAAUUACUGGUGUAGAAGUCUCUCGUGCAUGUGUAGCAUAACACUGUAAAACUCCCUUUUUAUGGUUAUAAUAAAGUAUCAGGUGAAGAAGCUAAUAUAGUUUGUAAGCGUGAUGUCAAGUUAGUGAGAUGUACUGUUAUUGAAAAUAAUCAGAUAUUGUUACCCACUCUAUAAGGAA